GCGGAACCGGCCGGCCGGAAGGCAGGUGCUUACACUGGGAUUUGGUUUCUCAUCCUAUGGAUCACUGAAUGAGUACCAGAUGGCCUUGCCUCGCCUUACAGGUGCUUUACGCUCCUUUUCAAAUGUCACUAAGCAUGAGGAUUACAGUGAGGAAUUGGCUGACUUAAAGACUAAAAGAUUAAAACUCCACGAGCAGUUGCUGAAGUCUGAGCUUACUUGGAAGAAGAUAAUGAAGUUUGUUGAUGACCACUUGGACAAGAAGGAACACCAAGCUGUAAAUGGUGAUCUCAAAGCUAUAUUGCAAGCUGCAAAACAAAUAGUUGGAGCUGAAAAUGGACAAGAAGCAAUUGAGAGUGGAGCUGUUUUUCUCUUUAAGACAUUUCACAACAAGGAAUGUGUUGGCCACGAGGAGACCAAGGCGAUCAAGCAGAUGUUUGGGCCAUUUCCAUCAUCGUCUGCUACCACAGCUUGUAGUGCCACAUGUCGGAUUGCUUCUCACUUCACCGAGGAACAGCUUACAGCCCUCAUACAGAUGGCUGAAGAGCAAAAUGGUGAUGACAGAGUCCUCUUUGGUAAAAAUGUAGUGUUUUCGUUUGACAUGCACGAUUUGGAUCACUCGGAGGAGCUGCCUGUGAACGGCGAGGCCGACGCACGGAAGAUCAUCAGCUUAGAUUAUAACAAGUUUCUGACUAACCAGCUGAAUCACUUACAGAAUUACUGUGAUGGCAAAGCUGAGCCCAAGCCUGAGGGAAAAGUAGAUGAUUCUUUUUUGUGGUAUGAAGUAGGAAAGUACCUGAACGAAUCUCAAGGGGGUACCCCUGGAGGGCCAACAACAGAAGACCUCUGCUGUACUUUGUACGAGAUGCUGUCUUCCAGCAAAAGUGGUGAUGAACUUCAGAAUGAGCUGUUUGAAUUGCUGGGUCCUGAAGGGUUUGAACUCAUAGAGAAGCUUCUACAGAACAGAUCUCUGAUUCUGGAAAGAUCUUUGACUUGUCCAAAUGACAACAGGUUUCAGGCUCUUCAAGAACAGUGCAAGAGGCUCCUGGGAGAGAGCACCAAGCCCAAUUAUGGUUGUCAAGUGACAAUUCAGUCUGAACAGGAAAAGCUGCUACUGAAGCAGUACCGUCGGGAAGAGAAGAGAAAUGCCAGGAAAGAGAAGCAGGCUGGGGAAGAUGGAGAAGCUUCUGGAGAAGGAUUAAUGAACUUUGAUCCCAAAGAGCUGCGGAUGCAAAGAGAACUGGCACUUCUGAACGCUCGAAGCAUGCCUGUCCUGGCCAGGCAGAGAGAGGUGGACUUGGAAAAAAUCCAUUAUCCACAUGUUUAUGAUUCCAGAGCUGAAGCCAUGAAAACAUCUGCAUUCAUUGGGGGUGCAAAGGUGUUCUUACCAGAGGCAGUUCAGAGAGAAAACAACAAAAUGUAUGAAGAAGUAAAGAUCCCCCACAGUGAGCCAAUGCCUAUUGGUAUUGAAGAGAAGAUUGUUUACAUUAAAGACUUAGAUGAGGUUGGACAGCUUGUUUUCAAAGGCAUGAAAAGACUGAACAGGAUCCAGUCCAUAGUCUUUGAGACUGCCUACAACACCAAUGAGAACAUGCUCAUCUGUGCCCCCACUGGUGCUGGCAAGACCAACAUCGCCAUGCUGACUGUGCUGCAUGAAAUCCGCCAGCACCUCCAGCAGGGCAUGAUCAAAAAGGAUGAGUUUAAGAUUGUCUACGUUGCUCCCAUGAAGGCUCUGGCAGCCGAAAUGACAAAUUACUUCAGCAAGCGCCUGGAGCCGCUCGGCAUCACGGUGAAAGAGCUGACUGGGGACAUGCAGCUGUCCAAAGGGGAGAUCCUCAGGACACAGAUGCUUGUGACUACUCCAGAGAAAUGGGAUGUAGUGACAAGGAAAAGUGUUGGUGAUGUAGCCCUCUCUCAGCUGGUAAAACUCUUGAUUCUGGAUGAAGUUCAUCUGUUGCACGAAGACAGAGGACCUGUGCUUGAAAGUAUAGUAGCAAGGACCUUACGUCAGGUUGAGUCCACACAAAGCAUGAUUAGGAUUUUGGGCCUUUCAGCUACCUUACCCAAUUAUCUUGAUGUAGCCACAUUUCUGCAUGUCAACCCCUACAUUGGACUCUUCUACUUCGAUGGCCGCUUCCGACCCGUCCCGCUGGGCCAAACCUUCAUAGGAAUUAAGACAACCAAUAAGGUGCAGCAGCUGAAUCACAUGGAUGAAGUUUGCUAUGAAAAUGUGCUGAAGCAAAUAAUGGCUGGACACCAGGUGAUGGUGUUUGUUCAUGCUAGAAACGCCACAGUGAAAACUGCUAUGAGUCUUCGAGAAAAAGCGAAAAACAAUGGUCACAUCUGUCACUUCUUGUCACCCCAAGGAUCAGAUUAUGGACAAGCUGAAAAGCAGGUACAGAGAUCCAGAAACAAGCAGCUGCGUGAGCUGUUCCCAGAUGGAUUCAGCAUCCAUCACGCAGGAAUGCUGCGGCAAGACAGGAGCUUGGUGGAGAACUUGUUUUCUAAUGGCCACAUCAAAGUCUUGGUUUGCACAGCUACACUGGCCUGGGGGGUCAAUCUUCCUGCUCACGCUGUUGUGAUUAAGGGAACACAAAUAUAUGCUGCAAAAAGAGGCUCCUUUGUUGACCUUGGAAUUUUAGAUGUCAUGCAGAUCUUUGGGCGAGCUGGACGGCCUCAGUUUGACAAAUUCGGAGAAGGCAUCAUCAUCACCACGCACGAUAAACUCAGCCACUACCUGACUCUUCUCACUCAGCAGAACCCAAUCGAAAGCCAGUUCCUUGAAAGCCUUGCUGACAACCUAAAUGCAGAGAUUGCUCUUGGCACAGUAACUAACGUGGAAGAAGCAGUAAAGUGGAUAAGUUACACUUAUCUCUACGUACGGAUGAGAGCAAAUCCAUUAGUGUAUGGCAUCAGUCACAAAGCUUAUCAGAUGGACCCAAGUCUAGAAAAGCACCGAGAGCAGCUGGUAAUUGAAGUUGGCAGAAAGCUGGACAAAGCCCGCAUGAUUCGCUUUGAAGAGCGAACCGGCUUCUUUGCUUCUACGGAUCUAGGCAGAACUGCCAGCCACUACUAUAUUAAAUACAACACUAUUGAGACCUUCAAUGAGUUGUUUGAUGCUCAUAAAACAGAAGGUGAUAUCUUCGCUAUAGUAUCAAAAGCCGAAGAAUUUGAACAGAUAAAGGUGAGAGAAGAAGAAAUAGAAGAGCUGGAUACCUUACUGAAUGAUUUCUGUGAACUUCCUGCUCCAGGAGGUGUGGAAAACAAUUAUGGAAAGAUUAAUAUCCUCCUUCAGACAUAUAUUAGCAGAGGGGAGAUGGACAGCUUCUCCCUUAUUUCAGACUCUGCAUAUGUUGCACAGAACGCAGCUCGCAUUGUUCGGGCUCUCUUCGAGAUCGCCCUCAGGAAGCGGUGGCCUGCCAUGACCUAUCGGCUCCUCAACCUCAGCAAAGUCAUCGACAAGAGGCUGUGGGGCUGGGUCAGCCCUUUGAGGCAGUUCUCAGUCUUGCCACCAUCAGUCCUCUCGAAGCUGGAGGAAAAGAAUCUCACUAUAGACAAGAUGAAGGACAUGAGAAAAGAUGAAAUAGGUCAUAUGCUGCAUCAUGUGAAGAUUGGGUUAAAGGUGAAGCAGUGUGUCCAUCAAAUCCCCUCCAUCAUCAUGGAAGCAACCAUUCAGCCAAUCACCCGCACGGUGCUCCGAGUGCGGCUGAACAUCUCUCCCGACUUCACCUGGAAUGAUCAGGUACAUGGCACUGUUGGAGAGCCCUGGUGGAUCUGGGUAGAAGACCCUGCUAAUGAUCACAUUUAUCAUUCAGAGUACUUCAUCAUUCAGAAAAAGCAGGUCAUUACUAAAGAGCCUCAGCAGCUGGUGUUCACAAUCCCAAUUUUUGAACCUCUUCCUUCUCAAUAUUACAUCCGAGCUGUGUCUGAUAGAUGGUUAGGAGCAGAGGCUGUAUGCAUCAUAAAUUUUCAACACUUGAUUCUUCCAGAGAGACAUCCACCCCACACAGAGCUUCUAGAUCUUCAGCCUUUGCCUAUCACAGCCUUGGGACACCCAGAAUACGAAGCCCUGUACAAAUUCACCCACUUCAACCCUAUCCAGACCCAGAUAUUUCAUACACUUUACCACACAGACUGUAACGUCCUCCUUGGAGCACCGACAGGUUCUGGGAAAACAGUUGCAGCUGAGCUUGCCAUCUUUAGAGUGUUUAACAAGUAUCCCACAUCAAAGGCUGUGUACAUCGCACCCUUGAAAGCCCUCGUUCGGGAGAGAAUUGAGGACUGGAAAGUUAGGAUUGAAGAAAAACUUGGUAAAAAGGUUGUAGAGUUGACAGGAGAUGUGACUCCAGAUAUGAGAGCUAUUGCCCAAGCUGACCUGAUUGUUACUACCCCAGAGAAGUGGGAUGGUGUCAGCAGAAGCUGGCAGAACAGAAGCUACGUUCAGAAGGUUUCCAUCCUUAUCAUCGAUGAGAUCCAUCUGCUGGGGGAUGAGAGAGGCCCAGUGUUGGAAGUCAUCGUCUCUCGAACAAACUUCAUUUCAUCUCACACGGAGAAGCCUGUGAGAGUUGUUGGUUUAUCCACUGCUUUAGCCAAUGCCAGAGACCUUGCUGACUGGCUAAAUAUUAAUCAGAUGGGGCUGUUCAACUUCCGACCCUCCGUGCGCCCUGUUCCCCUGGAGGUGCACAUCCAGGGCUUCCCUGGCCAGCAUUACUGUCCCCGCAUGGCCAGCAUGAACAAACCUGCGUUCCAGGCCAUUAGGAGCCACUCUCCAGCCAAGCCUGUCCUCAUCUUUGUCUCCUCCAGACGCCAGACCCGGCUGACUGCCUUGGACCUGAUCGCUUUCCUGGCCACCGAGGAUGAUCCCAAACAGUGGCUGAAGAUGGAUGAGAGAGAGAUGAAUGACAUUAUAGUGACUGUCAGAGAUUCCAAUCUGAAGCUGACCCUGGCUUUUGGAAUAGGCAUGCACCACGCAGGCCUGCAUGAAAGGGACAGGAAAACGGUGGAAGAGCUCUUUGUGAACUGCAAAAUCCAGGUUCUUAUUGCCACCAGCACGUUAGCUUGGGGUGUAAAUUUUCCAGCCCAUUUAGUCAUUGUUAAAGGGACAGAAUACUACGAUGGGAAAACAAGGCGCUACGUGGAUUAUCCCAUCACAGAUGUGCUUCAGAUGAUGGGCCGUGCUGGCAGACCACAGUUUGACGACCAAGGCAAAGCUGUCAUUCUAGUCCAUGACAUUAAGAAAGACUUCUACAAAAAAUUCCUGUAUGAACCCUUCCCAGUGGAAUCAAGCUUGUUAGAAGUGCUGGCUGACCACUUGAAUGCUGAAAUAGCUGCUGGAACUAUCACUUCUAAGCAGGAUGCAAUGGAUUAUAUCACCUGGACUUAUUUCUUCCGUCGGCUUAUCAUGAACCCAACUUACUAUAACUUGGAUGAUGUGAGCCACGACACUAUGAAUAAGUACCUCUCAAGCCUCGUUGAGAAAUCCCUCUAUGAUUUGGAAUGCUCCUACUGCAUUGAAAUUGGGGAGGACAGUCGCAGCAUUGAACCCCUGACGUACGGCCGCAUCGCUUCCUAUUACUACCUGAAGCAUCCAACUAUUGGCAUGUUCAAAGACCAGUUGAAACCUGAAAGCAGCAUUGAGGAAUUGCUCUUAAUUCUGACAAAUGCUGAGGAGUAUGCAGACCUGCCUGUGAGACACAAUGAGGAUCAGAUGAACAGCGAACUGGCAAAGCAUCUCCCCAUUGAAGUCAAUCCCCACUCCUUUGACAGCUCUCACACAAAAACACAUCUCCUGCUGCAAGCCCACUUCAGCCGUGCCAUGCUGCCUUGUCCAGAUUAUGCAACUGAUACAAAGACAGUGCUGGACCAAGCAAUUCGAAUUUGUCAGGCUAUGCUGGAUGUUGCAGCACACCAUGGCUGGCUGGUGACUGCCCUCAACAUCACUACCCUGGUGCAGAUGGUGGUUCAGGGCAGGUGGAUCCAUGACUCUUCCCUGCUCACUUUGCCCAAUGUAGAACUGCACCACCUCUACCUUUUCCGGAAGUGGAGCCAAGGCAAAAGGAAGAGUGUGCAUGGAGGUUACCAAGGACCUAUCGAGUGUCUUCCCGAACUAAUGGCUGCCUGUGAAGGAAGAGAAAAUGUUUUUGCUUCCAUUGUGGGCAGCGAGUUGCAAGCAGCACACAUUUCACAGGCUUGGAAUUUCUUGUGUCGUUUGCCAAUCCUAAACGUCAGGCUGAGCAUUAAGGGCUGCUGGAAUGAGCAGGCUCAGGCAGAGGGCGAGGUGCCUGUCCCUUCCUCGGCAACAGAUGACAAGAGGUGGCUGAGGCUGCACGCCGACCAGGAGUACGUGCUCCAGAUCAACCUGCAGAGAACCCAGCUGGGCUAUCAGGGAAAGCAGGACAGCAAAGCAGUGGCUCCUCGGUUCCCCAAGGUUAAAGAUGAAGGCUGGUUUGUGAUCUUGGGAGAGGUGGAUAAGAGAGAGCUCAUUGCCCUGAAGAGAACUGGCUACGUCAGAAACCGAAGCACUGUGUCUGUUGCUUUCUACACCCCAGAAACCCCUGGAAAGUGUAUCUACACCUUGUAUCUCAUGAGUGACAGCUACCUUGGCCUGGACCAGCAGUAUGACAUUUACCUGAACGUUGUACCAGCCAGGACUUCAGCACAAGCCACAGCAGAGGUGUCAGAUGCUCUGAGUCACCUGGCUCUGGAGUAAGGCCACCUGAAAAGUCCACUCAAAAGAACUGGCCUUGCAGCUGAGACAUCUGGGCACCUGAAGAAAAAAAAUGCCUUAGUGGAACCAACUUCAAACCUCAAGACAGCUGGGAAGUUGAAAGUGACUGCUGUAUUGACUCUGGGCAGGCAGAGUUAGCCACAGUGGCCUUACUCCUUUGUGAGGAUUUGUCUUUUCUUGUUUCAUCUCUCUCCUUUCAGAAGUCACGUUGGGAAUGGAAUUUUGAGACAUCAAAAUACAUAUAUGAAUAAAUAAA